AUGAAGGUGUUCGCGAUUACGAUUCUUUUGGCGCUCGUAGCCACUGCCUAUGCCGGUUACAUAAGCAGCGGUUGGUCUGGUGGAGGUGGUGGCUGGAAUGGAGGUGGCGGUGGCUGGUCUGGUGGCGGUGGUGGUGGUGGCUGGAAAUACGGAGGUGGUGGAGGUGGAGGCGGAGGUGGCGGAAAAAUCAUCAAAGUGAUCACUGUUAGCGGUGGAGGCGGUGGAUGGCCUAGUGGGGGUGGUGGUGGAUGGGCUGGAGGUGGUGGCGGAUGGCCGAGUGGUGGCGGUGGUGGAUGGAAAGGAGGAUGGAGCGGUGGUGGUGGUGGAUGGAGCGGCGGUGGAGGAGGCGGUAAGUAA